GUCCCGGCACUUGAGACUAAUGUCCAAGGGUUACUUUUACCUUUGGUUAAGCACUAGAAGAAGAAACAAAGAUUUCGAACUAAUCAGCUUUAAAAGCAGAAACGUUUUUUCCUCUUACACCGGUUUUUUAAAAACUUGUUACAACUUCCUUGUAAUUACUUUCGGUUUCAUGUUCUACCUUUUCCUGUUAAAAGCUAGACUUAAACUUGUUGCAAUGCGGAGAUAAAAAAAAAAGUAUCUAGUAUGGAAGAGUCAGCAAUUAACGUUCUAAAACGUGCGGUGGUUUUGGACCAAGAGCGGCGGUUUGACCAAGCAAUAGUUUGUUAUGAGGAAGGAAUCGGUUUGUUGUUAAAAGCUUUAAAAGGGUUCAGUAGUAAUGUCAAAAAAGAGAAAUACCGAGCUAAGAUUAAUGAAUACAUGGGUAGAGCAGAGAAGCUUAAACAGGCAAUGAAAAAACUGAAGGAUGCUGAGAAAUUCAAUAAAGUCAUUCAGAUUGAAGAGAACACCAUUGGUCACAACUAUUCCACAAUAUUCAGUGAUUUACUGGACAUUACCCUGACUGAGGUUGAAAUUGAUGACCCUUAUAUCCGUUCUAAUCAUCAGAUUAUUAACUUCAUACGGUUUUGUGAACUUCUACACAAGUCAGAUGCAAAUGUUAAGAAGAUCAUUCUAAACACCAGCUGUGAAAAUGACGAAAACAAGAAAUGUCAACAGAAACAAGCCUUUUCUGCAAUGUGUGACAACUUCAAAGGGAACAACAUUGAAUUAGUGGUCAGCUACAGCAAAACCUUACAUGACCGAGAAAUAAGGUUCAAUAACGGCUGGAUUGUUAAGAUUGGACGUGGCCUUGACUAUUUCAAAAAUGUUCCAAAAUUCAGCCUUGGAUUCUAUGAUUAUGAUCUCCGUCCUUGUCAUGAGACAACCAUUAAUAUUUUCCAUGCCAAGCAUGUGAAGGAAGCUGAUGGUUGAAAUUUACAAACCAAACAUCGAUUUCUUCAAAGAAGGUAACCAGCUGGCAUUCCUAUCAGGUCCAUCAAUUGAUCUUUGGCCUGUUACUAUGGAAACUGCUACUGUUUAGUUUUGGAGUUGAUGCGUUCGUUUUAAGACAGGCUUUUUCUAAAGACGAAAUAAUUUUGAACAAAAGAAAAAUCUAUAUUUUUUUUUUAAUCUUUUGAAAUGAUUAAGUAAUUUCAUCAUCAUCAACUCUUAACAUCCACUUUUCCAUGCUUGCAUGGGUCAGAUGGAAUAUCUUCAGGUAGAUUUUCUCUGGCUGGAUGCCUUUCCUGUUACCAACCUUCACUUGUUGCCUAGCAAAAUAAUAUUUCUCCAUUACCAGACGUUUUUUCUAAAGAUGAUCAGAACUUACAAUCAUCACAUGAUCAGAACUUACAAUCAUCACAUGAUGUUUAUAUAUUAUCAAAUGUUAUAAUAUAACUUAUUUACAUGUUUUUUGAGUUACGAAACAAAUUUCUCAUGGUAUUUGGACUUUUCAUUGUUAAAUAAAGAUUCAUCUAAACAUU